AUGAGUACUGAUGCUGCAACGUCUUCUUCUUCUUCUUCGCCACUUGUGUCGGGUAUGUACCAUCGUCAUGUUGAACAGGAAAAUAACACCGAUGGAUCUCAGUCAAUAAAACCAGAGACAUUGGCUGCUGCUGCUGCUGCUGCUGCUGCUGCAGUAACAACAGAAGAUGAUGACAUGGAACCAUUACCAUCACAACCGAGCGGUGCACAUAUGCUGAUUGAAGAAUCAGUUAUUCAAAAAUUCAUGAUGUGUUUCGAUCGUUUAUUGAUUGGCGUUAAUCCACGCUGGCGAAAUUGGAUUAUCCGAGGCAUAUUUUCAUGGGUUAUGAUUCUUGGUUUCGCUAAAUUAGUAUCGAUGGGACCGUUGGUUGUGUCAUUAGUUGUAUUGCUUAUACAAAUAAAAUGUUUUCAAGAAAUUAUCAAUAUUGGUUAUACAGUUUAUAAAUCUCACAAUUUACCAUGGUUCCGUACAUUAUCAUGGUAUUUCUUAUUUACUUCUAACUAUUGGCUCUAUGGCGAAAGUUUAAUAAAUCAUUUUGGUUUUAUGAUGAAUAAGCAUAACUUUCUGCAACCAUUGGUAACCUAUCAUCGUAUGAUUGCUUUUCUAUUGUAUACUAGUGGAUUUGUCGGAUUUGUAUUAAGUUUAAAGAAGACUUACUAUCUUAAACAAUUUACUUUAUUUGGCUACACACAUAUAACAUUAAUGAUUCUAGUCACAUCGAGUCAUCAAAUGAUACAAAAUAUUUGCGAAGGUAUGAUCUGGUUUCUCUUUCCUGUUUCAUUAAUUAUCUGCAAUGACAUAAUGGCAUAUAUGUUUGGCUUCUUUUACGGUCGUACACCAUUAACAAAAUUAUCGCCGAAAAAAACUUGGGAAGGUUUUAUUGGUGGUGGUGUUUCAACGUUAAUCUUUGGUUUUAUAUUAGCUGGUAUAUUUAGUCGCUAUCAAUUCUUCGUAUGCCCGUUGGAAUAUGAUGAAGAGAAAAUGGGUUUAGCAACGUCAUGUAUACCAUUACCAUUGUUUCAAAAGACAAUUUAUGCGAUGCCAAAACCAUUUUCAUUCUUUAAGCGUACACUCGAACUGUAUCCAUUUCAAUUGCAUUCAUUAAUAAUCUCAUUGUUUGCUUCAAGUAUUGGACCAUUCGGAGGAUUUUUUGCAAGCGGAUUCAAGCGAGCUUUUCGCAUUAAAGAUUUUGCUGCAACAAUACCUGGCCAUGGAGGAUUCGUGGAUCGAUUCGAUUGUCAAAUAAUCAUGGCUUUAUUUACAAAUGUUUAUAUCUCAACGUUUGCACAUGUUGCUUCUCCCAAUAAACUCUUACAACAAGUUCUAGCAUUAACACCGGAAAAUCGCGAAGAAUUUCUUCGAUUACUUCGCAAUCAUUUCAAAGAAUGA